AUGCAAAAUGUACCAAUGAAAACAGCCAUGCCAUGGGGUCAGUGGUGGCAAGAGGAUGAAGAGGUGUAUCUUGAGUUGAAUAUUCCCAGAAACACGAAGCAUGACGAAGUACAAAUCCAUUUAUCAGAAACAUUGCCCACAUUGAUCGAAAUCGUUGUAAAAAACAACAUAAUAUUUUCGGUAGGUAUAAGUUUGUAAAUGCCUAAAGGCAGAACGGCUGCAAAUUACAAAAUAAAUCCGAAGUCGGCUUUUUUACGUACAAUUUACCACAUUUUUUUUUUGUACUGAUCGCUUUAUAUUUUUCAAGAUUAUUAAUAUUUUUGUCUCGUUCCAGUAAUUAAUUUUUAGGUAGGUAGGUAUCUCGUUAUUUUGUGUACCACUUAUUCUAAGCAUAUUUUUGUAUACAAAUCGUUACUUUAAAAUUGAUUAAUAGAAAUAGUGCUUAGGUACAUGAAUGUAGUAAAGUGUUAAAAAUAAAAGAAAAUAUAACUAAAAACUAAUACAAUCAGUAGGUACAUAAAAUAUUAUGUAGGUUUUUAUAUUAUAGUUAUUAGUUCUUCUCCUUCGCCUCAGUCUCAAUUAUUUGAGGUUAGGUUAUGAUAUAUGACGGCGUGUUGUUUAUUCAAAAAUUAGGUUAUUGGUACAAUUAUUAGUAAGUAGUAGUUGGUGAUAAACUUUUUGUUUGGACCCUCACCCUCCAAAAAAAAAUCCUGGCCAAGUGCUUGAAUGUGAAAGCAUUCACUUAAAGUGUUAAUGUUUUUUUUUGGUAACUAUUAAUUUUGGAAGUAUUCCAUCAUCAGACAUAUCUCCUCUUUUUUUCACAUUUUAUUUAGUUUGUAUAAAAGAUGAUUAUAUGAUCUCAAACUAACAAAAAUUAUAUGUUUUCCAAUAGUUUUUCUUUUUAUAAUGUAUGCUAAUAUAUUUUCAUAGAAUGUUUUAUAAAGUAUUUAGUAUUUUAUUUCAAUUUAACAGGAUCAAUUGUUAAAACCGGUAGUAAGCGAUGAAACUACUUGGAACAUCAGAAGAACUAGUGGGACACUCAAUGUAAUGUUACUGAAGUUAAAUUACGUUGAGGGCGAAGAACCAUGGAACACAUUGUUCAAUCCGUUUCCAAUAAAAAAUGGAGAAUAA